GGAGUUCCAAUAAAUGAUCAACCGCACGUACGACCGGGCUAAUUCGAGCUGUGAGGCAGGGAGUCAUCUUGUUUGUUGUGGUUCUUUGGUGCAGUCACACGCCGGCCUGCCGACGUGGCGGGGCGGAAGACGAGCCGCUGGCUGGCACCGAACGGAUCACCAUGUCUCACGCCGCCCCACGGGACUCGGACCCCUCUGCAGACGGCACCGCUCCAUCUCCUGACGCCGACUCCUGUCCGGAGGCCGCAGCCGCCCUCACGCCCCCUGUGGCUCCUCACCAACCUUCUCCGACGCCGGAGGGCUCCAGCCUCCUGCCCUCCGGCAAGGACGCGGGCGCUGAGGACGCCGCUGCCGCCACGGACGCUUCGGAGGAGGCGACAGACCACCCCGCCGCCGCCGCCGAGGCUCCGCCCACGGAGUGCGACCAAGCCGUGAGUCUGGAGCAGGACGCGGAGGCUGCGGUGGAGGACGGGGAGAGGUCGGAUGCGGGGAGAGAAAAAGGCUGGGGAGGCUGGAGUUCGUGGGGAAAAUCUCUUUUGAGCAGCGCCACCUCCACAGUGGGUCAGAGUCUGACCUCGGUGAAGGCGAAGGCAGGAGAAGCUCUGCGCCUCCACAGGACCUCGGUGGGAGAGGAGGCACAGGAGGAGGAGGAGGAGGAGGGAGCCGAGGAGACGGCCGAGGGAGGAGGUGGAGAGGCCCAUGUGUCCAGCAGCACAGAGCCUCCGUCUCCGAGUGCUGCAGCAGAGAGACGGGGCGUCUUUUCUACGAUCACACAUGCUGGUAAGUCAGUGAUCAGUGGAGGUCUGGAUGCCUUGGAGUUCAUUGGAAAGAAGACCAUGACUGUUCUUGCGGAGAGUGACCCAGGUUUCAAAAAGACCAAGACCCUCAUGCAGAAGACUGCAUCACUGAGUCAGAUGUUGAAGGAGGCCAAGGAGAGGGAGCGGGCGCGUCUGAGCAGCCAGCCCAUCGCCGCUCCCACGGCGCACUACGGCAUCCUGUUCGAUGACUACCAGGGCUUGUCUCACCUCGAGGCGCUGGAGAUCCUGUCCAACGAGAGCGAAAUCAAGGUCCAAGCGUUCCUGUCUUCCCUGACAGAGGAGCAGCAGGAGGAGGUGAAGAAGGAGCUGAUUUUCAUCAAGGGCAUCUUCAUCGGGCGGGAGCAGGAGGAGGAGGCGGACGAGGAUGAGGACGAGGAAGGAGGACAGACGAAGGAUAACGGUGAUCUAAGUUCCCAAUUACAGUGUUCUACCCCCCUGUCUGCCUGUGGUGAGGAGUUUGUGAGCGUUCUCACCGAGCUGCUCUUCGAGCUUCAUGUCGCUGCCACGCCAGACAAACUCAACAAGGCUCGGAUGAGGGCCCAUGAUUGGGUGAGCGAGGUGGAACGGCCCGUCACUGUGGAGACAGUUGGCAAGGCAACGCAGGACCACCCGGGAGGAGACGCCUCGCCCGAGGAGGAGAAGGAGGACGAUGGAGACGAGCCGGGGCAGGAGGCGAAGAAGGAGGAAGAGGCUGGUCCUAGAUCAGUAGAGUCCGUCUACCUGUCGUCGGUCGGCAGCCUGGCCGAAGUCACGGCCCGCAGUAUCGAGCAGCUCCACAAGGUGGCGGAGCUCAUCCUCCACGGGCAGGACCUGGAGAAACCCGCCAGAGACCAGGCUCACAUCCUCAUGAGGUUGACGUCUGCCAUGUGUAAGGAGGUGCACUGUUUGGCCAAGAAGUUCUCUGACACUCUGCUGCUGGUUGGGGGCCAAAGAAAAGCAGAGGAGUUAAAUCCACUGGUGGACAAUGUGCUGCUAGAGGGCUCCAACAGUACAAACUACAUCCAGAACGCGCUCCAGCUGCUGCUGCCCGUGCUGCAGAUCUCCCACAUCCAGAACCAGCGGUGCCGACCCGUCGCCGGCCCCGCGGCUCAGACGGAGCACUAACGCUGCUCACCCGCUUUGCCUCGAUCAGUCUAUCUCUGUACGGUGAAGUACGGAGAACGGCCAGUGGCGUUAACGUGCAAAAUAUGAAGAUAACAUUUGAACUAACGUGUGUAGGAUGAACCUCGUGCAGGUUGUCUGCGCUGUUGAUGUCUAGCUUUGAAGAACUCAAUGGUGUUCGGAGCGGAUUCAAGCUGAGCUGUGACUCGUGCCGUCAAAAGCCCGACCAAAGACGACGACUGACUGUUGUACAGACUCAUUAAUGUAAAUUAGACCUCCUUUGCACUCGUUCAGACUGAAUGAAUGAAUUUUAAAUAACACUAAUGACAGUUUUGUUUUGCCUAAAUGUACUAAUCUAUUUGGAGAUAAAGUAUAAUAUGAUAUGAUAUAUUUAAAACAUACAAAGCAACACAUUUCACACUUUUACAGUUUAUUUUGAAAGAUAGAUUCAUGAACAUAUUGAAUAAUGUCCGUUCUCUUUGUCACGUACGUAUAAAGUUGUGCUGUAGGUUAAA